AUGAAGCAGUUCGCUCUCUUCGCCGCUUUUAUCAGCACGGCAUUCGCCUGUCGGCCCAUCUUUGACGAGGACUACUACGGGGGCAUGCGCCCAAUGGCAGCUUGUUGGCUCAUGACGGACAUACUCUGCGAAACUCGACUCAACGAGGACGUGGGAUACCUGAUCCUCCCCGAAGAGAGGGUGAUCGUGGCAACUAACCUACACGAAUGGUGUAUCAACAUGAUUAUCGAGGAGAAAGCGCGCGAAGAAGAUGGACGCCUGACGUACGGCUGGCUUGAAGAACACGGGAACCUCACUCUCGUCGGCAACACCCUCGUUAUCACUAACGCGGAGGUAGAGAUGUAUCAGCGGUUGAUGUACAAGCCAUGCUAUGGAUGGCCUUAUGAGCCGCCCUGCAAUGAUAAGGUGUGA